AUGGAAUCAGUACAAACGACGUUGCCUUCCAUUAGGUCGAUUAUUGAUUCAUUGUCCAAAGAUACCGAGACCACUGGUGGCCGUGGUGUCUACGAUUCAAACCCUAGAAAUGUCAACUACACUGACUACAACAGACAGCAAAACCGUUUGAAUCUUUUGGAUUAUCAGUCUUUGAAAGAUGUGCCUGUUAAAAGCAGCUAUUCCUGGGGUGCUCUGCCACACGAAUUUAAAGUCACAAAACCAUACCACAGAAGUGGUAAAGUAAAUUUGGUUAUAAGGCGAGAAGAAUCACAGCCGCUAUCACCUCCAUACUCGCCAAAUGGAUCCAUUGGAUUGAGUGCGGCUAUACCGAUGAAGUUAUGUAGUAGCACUUCGAGUAGUGUGUCCACUACAAGUACGACUACGUUAACUUCCGUGAAUAGCCCACCUUCCAGUGUAUCUUCGUCACCUUCUGCCUCUUCCCCAGAGGUUGGUCAAGGCGCAGUCAAGAAGAGAGCGAACUUGCCAAAGGAGACUGUAAAAAUCUUAAAUGAGUGGUUGUAUGAUCACAUCAAUAACCCUUAUCCUACACCCCAAGAAAAGAUGGAGCUCUCCUUGAAGACUGGCUUGACCAAAAUUCAACUAUCCAACUGGUUCAUAAAUGUCAGAAGAAGGAAAGUCUUUGCUGAUUAUUAUGAUAUAACCAACCAAAAAAGAAUUGUAUCAGCUGGGGUUGUGAAGAAACAACUGCCCGAUGCUUCAAAGAGAAGAACAGCUAUGGAUAGAGUACAUUCUUCUUGA